AUGCUCAGGUUGUUAAGUAAAAAUACAUAUCACACGGCUAACUUACGUAUUCCAACACUACUACCAUCCAACGCCCCUAGACUCAUAUCAAAGGCAGUGGUGUCACCCACUUUUCAAAGUCUACGAAGCUUAUUUAUCCAAACAUCAGACACACCCAAUGAUCAUGCUUUGAAAUUUCUACCAUCUAUGCAGAUAAUGGGGGAGAAUGAAACCCGUGAAUUUCUUAGUGGAAGGGAAGCUCAUUCGUCGCCUCUCGCAGUCAAGCUAUUCAGUGUUGAUGGGAUAAAGUCAAUUAUGUUUGGUUCAAACUUUAUAACCAUUGAAAAAAGUCCUCACAUCGAGUGGCAAUUGUUAAAGCCGGAAAUAUUUUCAAUCCUUACUGAGUACUUGACAAACGGUUUGCCAGUGAUCAACCUUGAUGGUGAGGAUGCGGAGUUGGCCAGCGAUGUUGCUUUUAACGAAGAUGAUGAUGAGGUAGUGUCCAUGAUCAAGGAGUUGAUCUUCACAAGAAUACGUCCAGCAAUACAAGAUGACGGUGGGGAUAUUGAAUUUAUUGAUUUCAGAGAAUCGGACGGUACCGUAUUCCUCAAGUUGAAAGGCGCUUGUAGGACUUGUGAUUCGAGCUCGGUUACGCUAAAGAAUGGGAUUGAAAGUAUGUUGAAACACUACAUUGAAGAAGUUCAGGCAGUGGAGCCUAUAGAAGAGGUGGCAGAGACUCUGCCGGGUCCAGCAAGUAUAUCGCCUCGUAGCAGAGGUGCUGCUUAG